AUGGCGAUGAAUAGAGUGAUCACCGUGUAUGCACCCACAGUCUUUUCCAGUGCUGGGUUUUCUGGAAGCACAUCUCAGCUCUUAUCUGGAUUAAACAACAUCUACUACAUGCUAUGUACAUUGGUGCCUGUUUUCACCCUCGAUAAAUUUGGACGUCGAUUCACAUUGUUCUAUGGAGCUGUGCUACAAGGAAUAUGUAUGCUACUGAUCGGAGUACUGACAAAACCAAGCAUCAUGUCUAUGAACCCAUUGGCGUAUGGCGUGGCCGCAACGGUCUUUACAUUUGGUUACACAGGCUUUUUUGGGAUGACAUGGCUUGCGGUUCCUUGGCUUUAUCCUGUCGAGAUCUAUCCCACCAAAGUACGAGCAAAAGGAGGUGCUUGGAGUGUCGUGGGUUGGAGUAUAGGUAAUGCCUUUAUCAUGGAGAUAACACCACCCAUGAUUUCAGGCAUAGGAUGGAUCACAUUUAUAAUCCUUGCUGCUCUUAAUUUCUUAACCAUCCCUAUUGUAUGGGCAUUUUAUCCUGAAACGAGUAACAAACAACUCGAAGAAAUGGAUGCGAUUUUUGCAACCAAAUCAUCACUCGUCUUCAAAGCUGAAAAAGAAUUGGCCAAGAUAAGAGAAAGGAAUGGUGGUUCGCUUGCUUUGAGCGACACUGACAGCAGGAGAAGUUGCUAUUAUGAUCCCGGUGAUGAAAAGAAAAGCACCGCCACGAGCUUCCAUUCACCUGCCACCUACCACACCAAGGCUUAA